AGCGGGGGGGGGGCGCGGAGGGGAGGGAGGCUUGCCCCGAGGAAGAGGAGGAGAGAGCAUGCCGGCGUGCGAGGAGCUUUUCCCCGUGUUGGGCUGGCUCUCCACGUGCAUGGAGUGUUUCCCCCUUUCCUCCGCUUUUAUUUGCCCCGGGAAGGUCACACGAGCAGCCUCAGAGAAUCCUGGAGUUGGAAGGGGCUACUUGGAGGACAUCUAGUCCAUCCCUGCCCCAUGCAGGAGCCAGGGGCUCAGACCCCGCUGCCCGGCAAGCAUUUGAGGAGUUCCCUCCUCAUUUUAUGGAGCUCCACCCUGCCCCCCACCUCAGUACUAUGAACCCAUCUCCCUCCCAAAGGGCCUUUCCUGCCCCCACAAAGAAUUUAGAGGAGCUGCUGUUUCUCAUGCUGUCUGUACCCACAACCUGAACAUCCCCAGCAGGUGACUGGCCAGCCUCUGCUUGAAGAUUGCCCCCCCCCACCCAGGAGGGAGAGGGAGCCUUUGACCAAGGUGGCUGUGGGGGUUCUGGGGUCCCCAGAUUUCAUUGGACUACAACUCCCAUCAUCCACAGCCACCUUGGUGGAAGGUAAGCGGCUCCAUUGUGGAACUGCUCAGAAGCUUCUCCUAAAGUACGGCCGAAGCCUGCCCUGCUUACCUGCAGCUUGAAGGGGAGAAGCCUUAUUUGUGAAUUCUGCUGCUUGGCCAAUGCAACCUUUGCUCAGCACGAGUUUCUGCCUGGCUCUGCACUGCUUGGGAAUAGCUGGGGAGAAGUUCCCUGCUUAUUACGUGACACCCUCAGAGACCAGAGGUCCUCCGUUACUACCCAGAGAGGAUCGCCUCUCCCAAGACGAAUCCCCACCAGGGGCCUCUCGCCAGGUUCCUCUGUGCUGCUCACCACCUCCGGCUCCUGGGGGCUGGCUGACCGAUGAUUUCCUUGAGGCCCUGAGAGCAGUGGUGGGCGGCCCCAACAUGUCCACGGCCACAGCUGUCUGCGAGCAACAUGGCCACGACGAGUCCAUGCACAGGUGCUGCCCUCCAGAUGCCGUGGUCUGGCCCCAGAACGUGGAUCAGGUCAGUAAGCUGGCAAGAAGCUGCUACAGCCAAGGAGUCCCCAUCAUCCCCUUCGGCACUGGGACAGGGCUGGAAGGUGGCGUGAGCGCUGUGCAGGGUGGUGUGUGCUUUAACCUGACCCAGAUGGACCAAAUCUCGGAGCUGAACACAGAGGACUUCACGGUGGCCGUUCAGCCAGGGGUGACCCGGAAGGCCCUGAACAGCUUCCUGCACGACACCGGACUCUGGUUCCCUGUAGACCCCGGGGCCGAUGCCUCCCUGUGCGGCAUGGCUGCCACGGGCGCCUCGGGCACCAACGCUGUGCGCUACGGCACCAUGCGCCAGAAUGUGCUCAACCUGCAAGUGGUGCUGCCUGACGGGAGGGUCCUGCAUACAGCCGGGCAGAGUCGGAGGCCCAGGAAAAGCGCUGCUGGUUACCAGCUGACCGGGCUCUUCGUGGGCUCGGAGGGGACGCUCGGCCUCAUCACCCAGGCCACCCUGCGCCUGCACGGCGUCCCAGAGGCUACGGUGGCAGCCGUCUGUGCCUUCCCCAGCAUGCAAGCAGCCGUGGACAGCACCGUGCAGGUUCUGCAAGCUGGGGUCCCCGUGGCCCGCAUUGAGUUCCUGGAUGACGUCAUGAUGGGCGCCUGCAACCGCUACAGCAGCCUGAGCUACGCAGAGCUGCCCACCCUCUUCCUGGAGUUUCAUGGCAGCGAGCAGAGUGUGGAGGAGCAAGUUCAGGCGACAGGAGACAUUGUGCACUCCAGUGGCGGCUCCGAUUUUGUGUGGGCGCGCGAGCAGGAGGCCCGGAGCCAGCUGUGGACGGCGAGGCACAACGCCUGGUACGCGGCACUGGCCCUUCGCCCCGGCUGCAAGGCCUAUUCCACGGAUGUGUGUGUUCCCAUCUCCCGCCUCCCUGCUGUCCUGCUGGAGACAAAGAAAGACCUCUUGGAGUCUAAGCUCACAGGCCCUAUCGUUGGACACGUUGGGGAUGGGAACUUCCAUUGCAUCCUGGUUUUCGACUCUGAAGAUGCUGACGAACGUGAGCGAGUGCUGGACUUCGCCAAGCGGCUGGGCAGGUUCAAAGCAGCGGCUAUGUAGGGUCACUCUUGGUUGAGAGUCUGUGAGCCAGACCCACACAUUUUGGCCACUGGGACCAUCUAUUUUCUAAAAGAACAGGCUCAAACUAUCAUACUUCAGAUACAUUAUGCAAAGACCCAGCUCGCUUGAGAAGUCCAUAAUGCUGGGGAAAGUGGAAGGAAAGAGAAGAAGAGGACGACCAGCAGCAAGGUGGAUGGACUCGAUUGCGUCAGCAAUGAAUGAAUGCACCACUAAGAGACCUGAAAGGCCAAGUGGAAGACACAUCAUCCUGGAGAGAAUCUAUCCAUGUGGUUGUGGAGAGUCCACACCAACUUGAUGGCAUUUCAGUCAAUCUAUCACCAUCUCAGGGGAUGAAUGCUCAGGGAAUUUUGGCAACAUCUAGCCCUCUAGAAAUGGAAAACAGGCAACAGCACUGUUGCACUUACAGCUUUCUCUGUGUUAUUACCCCUUCUUUGUCCUUACCCCCAAACUAUUAGGUUAAAAUUGCAGUCAUUUUUGCAUACGGUCAGGGUUAGGGUGACAUUGAACAAAUUGCUGUACUCUCUCCAUGAAGUGAUUUUUGGAAAAUACUCCUGCCAGUUUUUAUUUGCAUUCCUCUGACAUCAACACAAUUUGAUAGUAGCUUUUGUGUUUUUAAACCUUUUAAAAGUCUUUAAAACACCAUAGCAGAUUUGGCCACUGAAAGCUGGAUGGUCUGGAGACACACUGAAAGCUUGUGAUGGUAUCACCUCUUUUCCAUCUCUAGGGGUUGAGGCCUUGUCAAAAAUCACAAUAAGCAUUCAUCCCCUCUGGCUCAUAUAUGAAUAUACACCACACCCCAAGCCCCCGGACAACCAAGAACACAACUGAAAUAAAAUAACAGUGACUA